AUGUCAAACCAGAACUUGAACCAAAUCGUCACCGACUAUCUGCUCAAGCGGGGAUUCAACCGCACAGAAGAGGUCUUUCGUCAAGAAUCCAAGUACCUUGGCUCGGACGGAAAGCCCAUCCAGCAGCUGGCCAACAUGGGUCCCAAGAAAUACCAGAAGGCUUUCAAGCUCGUCAAGGAUUGGGUCGAGAACAACCUCGAUCUGUACAAGUUUGAGCUGUCAAAACUUCUCUGGCCAAUCUUUGUCUACUCCUUCUUUGAGCUAGUCGGAAACGGGUACGCCGAAGAUUCCAAGGCGUUUCUCAAGGACCUCGGGCACCAUUUCCAGCCCGCCCAUGACGAUGAUCUCAGAAACUUUUCCACCAUUACGCUGCCACAGCACAUUGCGGACAACUCCACGGCGAAGCUGUACAGGGACAACAAGUACCGCAUCCCGCUCAACCAGCACGCGACAGGUGACUUGUUCAACUUUCUCGAGCGAGAGUCUGAGCAGGGCGGUGCUGUGAUUCGGCAGCUGCUCGUCACGUACUGCCAAGUUGACUCUACUGCCCGCGGGCCCAUCACCCCUUUCAGCUUCGAGGCCGUCUUUCGUCGAUCGAAAAACGCUGAUAUCGACGAGGUCGAUGCCAGAGAGGGCAUUCCCGGCAUCAACAUUGGACUCUCCAAUAGGGACGUGCUUGAUCCCACAGCCCCACUCAAGCUCGGCCCCCUGCCCAUGGAGAGUGAUCUCCGCGAAGAUGUUCGCGCUGAACUUGAGGAUGAAGAGCGCAAGAACCCGCCUCCCGACGGAGUCUCAAGCCUCUUGGAAGAGUUCGACCAGAAGAUUAAGCGGGAGGAAAGUGCCGAUGCGCCAAGCCGGGCCGACCUCCCGUUGCCCCCCUCAAGACCGCGGGACAUUAUGCUCGAGAUGCAGAAGGUGCGAGAGAACCGCGAUCGAUUCAAGAUUGAGGGUCGAACCGGCGGAGUGGGCACGGCUGUCAGCGCGUGCAUGUUUACAUUUCACAACACCCUGGGAAGCGUAACAAGCAUGGAUUUCUCGGCCGACGGCAAGCUUGUCGCUGUCGGCACUAGCGAGUCGUAUAUCCGGGUCUGGUCUCUCGACGGCAAGGAGCUCCCGUCCAUGAACGCCCAUGAAAAGGAGGGCAAGUUCAAUAGCCGCAAGUUGAUCGGCCACUCGGGACCUGUUUACGACGUGUCGUUUUCCGACUCGGCAUCCGGGCCUCCCCAGAGGCCGAAGCUGCUGCUGUCUUGCGCCGCAGACGGCCAAGUACGGCUGUGGUCCUUGGAGGCCUGGGCUUGUCUGUGCAUAUACAAGUCGCACGAUGGCCCCGUGCACCGCGCACUGUGGGGUCCUCACGGCCAUUACUUUGUGAGCGGAGGAUACGACAAGGUGGCCCGCGUCUGGAUGCAGGAUCAUGCCUCGCCCCAGCGCUUGCUGGUGGGACACGACACGGCCAUAUCGGCCCUCACCUGGCACCCCAACGGGUCCUAUGUCUUCUCUGCCUCUGACGAAACGGACAAGUCGAUCCGCAUGUGGUCUGUGGUGACGGGGCAGUGCGUUCGAGUCUUCUCGGGCCAUACCGACUAUAUCAGCGCGCUCGAGUGCGCGCCCAACGGCAAUAUCCUGGCCAGCGCCGACUGCGCCGGCAACAUUUUCUUCUGGGACAUCAACAAGGGCACCCGCAUCAAGCGCUCGCGCGGCCACGGACGCGGCGGCAUCUGGUCCCUCAGUUUCAGCGUCGAGUCCACCGUCCUGGUGUCCGGCGGGCAGGAUGGGACGAUACGGAUAUGGGACGUCGAAACCCCGGCGGAUCCUCAGAAAGUGGCGCAGCAAGUCGGGCUGGAAGCCGUCGCCUCUGGUGUUGAGGGAGCGAAUGCCGGCGGCGCGGCUACGGAUGCCUCGCGGGUGAACUCGGGGGCCGUAGGGCAAGCCGGGGCAAGCGCAGCCAGCGGCGGGACGCACAAGAAGAAGAGCAAGGAGGUGAUGGUGACUCCCGACCAAAUCAGCGCGUUCCCGACCAAGAAGACGCCAGUCAUGAAGGUCAUGUUCACGCGGAUGAAUCUCAUCGUUGCGGGAGGCUGCUACGACCCCGAGCGCUAG